UUUUUUUUUAUUUUAGCAGUAUAUAAAAGGACUAGAUAUUACAUUAGAGCAAGCUAGCACUCCAAUAGUUGUUAAUAUUGUCAAGAAAAUAGAAAUAGAAAAAGAAAAAGAAACUAAAGAUGGCUACCAAAUUCGAUGCUGAAACAGCAGAAAACUUAGAAGAUAUGGAAAAGCAAUUUGCUGUUAAGGCUGUUAUGCAAGCUGAAACAUUCUGGAGUUUAUUAGAAAAGAUUCCAGGAUCUAAGUUGAAAUUAACUAAGCAUGAUGAUGAAAUCUUUGAACAAUUUUUACAAGACUUUCCUGAAUAUAAGGAACCAAGUCAAGUUGCCAUAAUAUCUGAAGAUGAUAUGAAGAGUAAGGAAGGUAAAGCUAGAUGGAGAACUUUCUGUGAAAAGUUCAAUGAAAUUGAAGAUUACAAUUUCGGAACUUUAUUAAGAACCAGUGCUGCUGAUGAAUACAGUCAAGAAGGUACUAUUUUUGUGGUUAGAAUUCAAUUCUAUGCUAUUGAAAUUGCUAGAAAUAGAUAUGGUUUAAACGACUGGAUGUCCAAGAAAUAAACAAGUCUGGUCCAUUCAUAAUUUGUUGAUUCUGUAUAUUUUCCCCUAGUAUCAUCAAUGGUUAUCUUGUAUAUUUAGUUCUGUUUAGAAAUGUAUGUUCAAUACAUGGUAUAUAAUUAGAAUGUCUUAUGCGACAUUGUAAGGUAUAACAAAUUUAUAAAAAUGAGACAAUGAACACUUCCUCUCUAUUAACUGGUGCUUAAGUUAGAACUGAAACCAGAGCUCAAGCUAGAACUCAAGCUAGAACUCAAACUAGAACUUAAACUAGAAUUCAAACCAGAACACAAA